UCCUUUUAUGACUCCCGAAAGUGAGAUUACAGGAUAUAGCGCAAUACCGGGUACAACACCGGGCACUUGUCAAGUUAAAAAUGUUCCACAAACCGUUUAAAGUCAAAACACAGACAGCAAUAAAAGGUUCAGAAAGGAAAAGAGUUAGAAAUGACAUUGAAAAGUUAUUCCCUAAUCUGCAACCAGAAGACUUGCUUCAGAUUAUUCCAGCCAAAGAUGAGAUGACAGUGGCCAAAAUCUACACCCACUCUGGGGAUAGCUUGGUGAUCUAUUGUGUUCAGAAGAAUCCUGUGUUUAUAGAAGUAUUUAAAGAAUUGAUACCUACUGUUUAUUCCAUGUGGAAGUUCCCAGAGUUGUUACCAGUGUUCAGGACCUAUCCUCCUGUAUUCUCUAAAUUAAAGGGUGGGGCAGACCUGAUGUUGCCAGGAGUUGUUGUUGAAGGGGAAGUUACUCCAUAUACAUUUAGAAAUAUUAAAAAAGGAGACCUAUGCAGCGUAUGUCUCAUUGGAAAUAAAGCACCAAUUGCUGUUGGGAGGGCUGCUUUGUCAGGCAGUGACAUGUUUGAAUCAGCCAUGCGUGGUAAAGGUGUUCAGAUAGUACAUUUAUUUGGAGAUGACCUUUGGUCAUUUGGAGAUAAAUCUCAGAUACCAGUCAUACCUGAUGGCAUGUUAUUGAUGAAUGAAGAUGACGAUUCAGACAAGUAUGAACAGUCAAGUAGUAUAAAGAUGGAUCAGCAAAAUGGUGAUUCAAAAGUGACAGGUGAUUUAGGAAUUAACAGUCAGUUAAAUAAACAACAAUCAUGUAACUCUGGUGAUGUAGGAUAUAUAUCGUCAGGUCAAUAUGUAAGUGAAUCGACAGGAAACCAGAAUGACAGUGGUGUGCUUGAUCAAGCCAUGAAUAAAUGUAAUGGAAGUUUACACGAAUUAGAUCUGAAAAAUGGUUCAAACAACACUGAAGAAACUCAAGAAGAAGUGAUGGACUUAUUAGAUAAUAUGGAUGAGUUAUUAGAUGUUUGUUUUAAGUGUGCAAUAAAGUCAUCAGUAAAGAAGUCAGAUUUACCAUUACUCACAAGUGCUUUCUUUAAAAACCAUAUGGUUAAAUUUUGUCCACCAGGAAAAUUGUUAGAUGUCAAGAAGUCAAGUUAUAAAAAGCUAUCAAAGUUUUUACAAAAGAUGCAGAAGGAUGGUUAUAUAAAAGUCAAAGAGUUAUCAAAGGGUGCUGACAGUAUAGUGGAAGUAGAUAAAUCUCAAUUGCGUGAUUUCGAGCUACCAAUUCAGAUAGAUUCCGAUCCCUUACAGCCUCUACCGUCUGAAGCAGAAUUUGUGCUGCCUAAGCUGACAGAGAUGUAUUCAGUUACUUCUGCUGUAUUGCCUUUGUUUAAACCUAACGGUCAGAGAAAAGGAAGUGCUGUAGCAAUGACUGAUAUUAGAAGUUACAUAGAUGAGUAUGUGAGAAGUAACAACCUUCAAAGUGAAAGUAAAAAAAGUCAAGUACAGUUAGAUCCUAUUAUAGCUGAUAUAGUGCUUACCAAAGGAGAAAAUAACAUCACUCAUUUGUCUUGGGAAGAUUUGUUUAAAAGGAUAUUAAGCAAAAUGCAACCAGUUUUAUGUAUUGAACAUGUUGGUCAGCCUCCAACAUAUCAGAAAGGAAAAGUUGAAGGAAUUAAGCUUGAUAUACAACAGAGAGCUAGCAACAAAAAGGUAACCCUGAUAGAAAAUAUAGAAACCUUUGGAAUAGACCCAAAAGAAUUAGCCCACACAGUACAGGUUGGAAUGGCUUGUAGUGCUACAAUAUCACAGCUACCACAGAAAAAUAAAGGAGUACAGAUUGUUAUACAAGGCAAUCAAAUCAGUUACAUAGCUGAUUUGUUAUUAAAUAAAUACAAAGUUCCAAGGAAAUACAUUAAUGGAUUAGAAAAAGCACCAAAAAGAAGAUAAUAUAAGACACUAUAUAUGUUAUUUAUUUCUGUUACUGAUAAAGAAUCAUUAUUUUAA